GUCUUAUCAAGGGUGUGCUGGGGUGUGCACCUGCCUGGCCCAAGCUCCUGCCUGCAUACCUGUUUACGAGAGAGUGAGACAGAUACUCGCACGUGAUUGGCUGAUCGGGGCGAGAGAAGACUUCUGAUUGGCGGACGCUGCACCCUCCUCCUCCUCCUCCUCCUUCCUCCUCUUCUUCCUCUUCCUCCUGUUUGCGUCGUACUUGCUAUUUCUUUGUUUCUUUGAUUCUUCUUCCUUUUUCUCCUCCUCCUCCUCCUUCUCCUUUUUCUUCUCUUUCUCCUCCUCUUCUUUUUUUUCUCUCUCCUCCUAUUUCUCCUUUCCUUUCUUUCUUUCUUUUCUCUCACUCCUCCUCCUCCUUUUUCCUCCUCUUCCUCUUCCAACAUGCGUCACAGUACUACCCUCCUCCUCCUCCUCCUCCUCCUCCCCCUCCUCCUCCUCCCCUCUUCCUCCUCCUCCACCCCCACCCCUUCCCCCCUUUUCCUCCACAAAUACCUCUUCCCCAAGGGACUCUCAAGGUUAAUCUCUCCCCCGUGGCAAGACAACUGGCAGGUACACACGUCCUUCGGGGUCGCCCCACGGGGUGUCCCAGGGGGCUACCGAGGUUCCCAAGGAGCCUAUUAUGGUACCUCUGAGGGGGGUUACACUAGUGGGGGUCAUUCUACUGGAGGUCAUCGCCACACGGGACUGGACCACGUGCCCUAUGGGCCAGGUCAUGAUUUCCCAAGAGGUCAAGGCCACCGCGUUGGAGGUCAGCAGUAUGGAAGUUAUCGCCCUGGAAGUCAUCAUGGAACAAGUCAUCAAGGUGGUCAUCUGUCAGGUACUGGAGGUCAUCAUGGAACAAGUCAUCAAGGAAGUCAUCUGUCAGGUACUGGAGGAGGUCAUGAAGUAGGAAGUCAUCAAGGAAGUAAUCUGUUAAGUACUGGAGGAGGUCACCAGUUUGGAAGUCAUCAGUUUGGAGGUCAACAUGGAGAUCAUCAUGGAGAAGAUCAUCAUGGAGGAGAUCAUCAUGGAGUAGCUCAUCAUGGAGAAGAUCAUCAUGGAGAAGAUCAUCAUGGAGUAAGUCAUCAGUUUGGAGGUCAACAUGGAGAUCAUCAUGGAACCAGUCAUCAAGGAAGUCAUCUCUCCAGCCAUCAGAAAGGUCAACUCGGGUCACCAGGUCGUCUCACAUUAAGUCCAGUUCACACUCACGAUCUCAGUCAUCAUGAAGGUCAACUCGUUCGAGGUCAGCCUCCCGUCGGCCUCCUCCCGCCAAGCCAACAAGGUAAAAUCAAGGUCACACUUCAUCCCUUGCUCCAAGGUCAGCUCUCGAUGGAAGGUCAAGGUGAAUCACAAGGUCAAACUCUAGGUCAAGGUCAAAAUUCCCUUCACACUCACGAUCAAGGUCAUCAGGAAGGUCAACUCGGGUCAUCAGAUCGUCCUACACUCGGUCCAGGUCACACUCACGAUCACGAUCAUCAUGAAGGUCAACCCGUUCGAGGUCAGCCUCCCGUCGGCAUCCUCCCACCAAGCGAACAAGGUAAAAUAAAGGUCACACUUCAUCUCUCGCUCCAAGGUCAGUUCUCGAUUGAAGGUCAAGGUCAAACUUUCAUUCAAGGUCACAUCAAGCCUCAACUUGUAGAUCACAUUGCGCCCAAGCCUCCAACUCAAGGUCAACCCCAAGAUCAAACUUCACCCCGACCACAAAUCAAGCCUCCAGUUGAAAGUCACAGAGGCCAAACUUCACCCCGACCUCAAAUCAAGCCUCCAGUUGAAAGUCACAGAGGUCAAACUUCACUCCGACCUCAACUCCAGGCACAAGGUCACAAAGGUCAAGUUCCCGGGGGCGACAACAUCAAGUGGGGUCACGCUCAUGUCGGGGAUGAGCUCAUCGGCUUCCAUAUUCACGGAGAUGAUCCCAACCUCAGCGUCGACUACUUUGACCAUGACCAUCUGGAUGGACACCCCCAUGACCAUGGCCACGGGAACGGCCACAUACGCGGAAAGCCCCACGCCCAUAGCCACGGAAUGCCACACUACCACGACCAUACUGACACCAACACCCAGAACCGUACCCAUGCAGACGACCACCCAAACGACCACACCGCGGGAACGACAGAGGUGCAUAAAACCGACCGUGAUCUCGCCGCCAUCAUCGAGUUAGGACACUAUGACCAUGGGCAUAUCCAAGGACAGAAAAGUAAAAACAAACACGAUUUUGGACCGCUUAUAAAAUUCGGUCCGCCCACGUUCAAAUUAACCCUAGAAGACGACCACGGACACGGACAUUCCCACGGACACUCCCACGGACAUGACCACCACGACGACCACCAUGAUGACCCCGGGCAUCAAGGUCAAAAGGUCACCGCAGAAGUCACCGGCAUUGAUUCAGGAUUGUUAGGUGAGGUCAGUCCCGCCCCCCUGAGGUCAAAGGUCAAGGAAGAAAAGAGCGCCAAUACUGAGGUCAUAUUGGAAAUAAUUGACCUGAGAACCCAAUUUACAGGUGAGUAGCAGUGCCUCCACUUGACCACUACAAACACAACACUGGCGACGAGCGGCUGAUCUGACUGUGACACGCGUGUGAGGCUGGCAUCAGGCAAGUCUGACAAGUUCCACGCACCCCGUCUCCUACAACCAUGGUUCUGGACGUCCCAGCCCUCAAAGAGUUCCAGGUGUUUGAGGAUUCCUCCGGUGUGGCACAACGCUGGAAGAAAUGAUGCACAGCAUUCGACUACUACAUUCUGGCCACCGGCGUGACGAAGGACGAGCAGAAGAGAGCACUAUUACUUCAUGUGGCAGGCCAGGAAGUGCAGGACGUAUUCGCCACACUCACACUAGCGGAUGAGACUUUCAAGUCAACCAAAGAGGUACUGGACAAGUAUUUUGCCCCCAAGACAAAUGUCAGGUAUGAGAGAUUUUUGUUUAGGCAGUGUUCACAGCAGUCACAUGAAUCAGUUGAUUCAUUUGUCACCCUAUUACACAAAUUAGCAUCCACAUGUGCAUUUCAGGAUUCUAAUGAUGUGAUUAUUGACCAAAUCAUUGAGAAGUGUAGUUCACAUGAGCUGAGGAAAAAGUUAUUGCAGGAAAAAACUCUACACUUGACAAGGUACAAGAAGUCGCUAGAGCCUUGGAAGCUGCUAACAUGCAAUCCAAAAGCAUUGAAGGCAAACUAGUCACGGCUUCCGAAACUCAAGUGUACAAGGUUGCUCUGGGUAACAAACAAUAUCACUCACAGAAGGAGAAAUUCCAAACACAGCGUAAACCUAAACAGUCUAAACCUUCUCAGGAUUUUCAAGGUCGACAACAAGCACAUAAUAACUACACCAGAAAGUCCACACAAGGUGAAUGUUUCAGAUGUGGUAUGCAAGGUCAUAAACCCUAUGAUAAUCAGAAAUGCCCAGCCACGGGUAAGACAUGUGGUAAAUGUGUUUACCUUGGUCAUUUUGCUAAACAAUGCAGAGGUUCCAAGCCUAAACAGAUUCACUCCACGUCAGAGUCACAAGGCAAUACUCAGUCUUCACAAACAGCAAAUCACAACAAGGUUAGCAGUAUUCGUGAUUCUACAGAAACAGAUUUUGCUUUUCAGAUAAAUUCAGUCAGCCAAAAGCUGCAGAGAGUGUAUGUUACUAUUCAUGUCAAUAAUAUACCUAUUUCAAUGCAGUUGGACACAGCAGCAGAUGUUACAGUCAUGUCUGAGGAAGUAGCUAACAACAUUCCCAAUCUAUUGAUUCAGCCUUAUGAUAAAGAGUAGAAGGAUUAUAGUGAGCAUGUUAUUGAUGUCUAAGGCACUGCUAUUGUACACGUUCAGUAUGGUCAACAGAAUAUUGGUGUAUUACCGAUUACCAUUGUGCAAGGAAGACAACCCACAUUGUUAGGCUUAAAUUGGAUAAGACUCAUAGAUCUUGAUUGGGAUAAUCUUUUGAAGGUGGAAAUGCAGGACAAAGAAAAUGACAUGUCAUUGCAAGGAGUCUUAUCAGAGUUUUCAAAUGUCUUUGAAGGAAACAAGGGCACAGUUAAGGGCAUCAAGGCAACAUUAAAUCUUAAGCCUGAAGCAACACCAAAAUUCUUUGCUCCACGACCAAUUCCAUUUGCUUUGAAAGCAUUGGUAGAACAGGAAAUAAGAAGAUUAGAGACAGAAAACAUAUGGAAAAGAGUAACAUAUUCAGAAUGGGUUACUCCAUUAGUUCCCAUUGCCAAGAGGGAUGGUGGCAUCAUAUCGUGUGGAGACUAUAAAGUUACUGUAAACACCCAGAUACAGGUAGCUCAACACCCUUUGCCAAACCCCACAGAUAUGUUUGCUGUUUUGGGAGGAUGUAAGGUAUUCUCAAAAAAUUAUUUGAAACAUGCAUUUCAGCAGCUGAUCAUGGAUGAGAAAUCACAAGAAAUCUGCACUAUAAACACGCAUUUAGGUCUUCUCCGCCCACAAAGAUUACCUUUUGGGGUAGCCAGCAGUCCUGCCAUUUGGCAACAAACCAUGGACAAGCUUUUCACAGGUCUAUCUGGAGUAUUUUGCUUCAUUGACGACAUCUUAGUAGCGGGAAAAGAUGAAAAGGAGCACCGCCAAAGGCUCAGAUCAGUUUUGCAACGUAUUCAAGAAAAUGGUAUUCAGGUACACAAGGACAAAUGCAAUUUUCAAGUGCCUUAUGUGGAAUACUUAGGUUUUAUCAUUGAUGAACAAGGGAUACACAAAACCAGAGACAAAGUACAAGCAGUACAAGAUGCAAAGGUUCCUGAUAGUGUUAAGGAUCUUAAAUCUUUUUUGGGACUUGUAACUUUUUAUGGUAGAUUCAUCAAAGACUUAACUACCAUUGCACACCCUCUCUCAAUUACUUAAGAGUGAUUCAGAUUGGAACUGGUCAGUUGAUUGCCAAGCUGCUUUUGAGAAAAUCAAAACUGAAAUAACAUCACCUAGUUUUCUUACACAUUUUCAGAAGGAUUUACCAGUUAUUCUUGUAUGUGAUGCUUCUCAAGUGGGAGUAGGCGCAGUGUUAGCUCACAUUAUGCCGGAUGGUGCUGAAAAACCUAUUGCAUUUGCUUCAAGAUCUUUGCAUAAAGCUGAAAUAAAUUAUUCACAGAUUGAAAAGGAAGCUUUAGCUUUAGUGUAUGGAGUUACUAAAUUCCACAUGUAUCUGUAUGGCAGACAGAGUUUUAAGUUAGUCACAGACCACAAACCAUUACUUGCUAUUGUAGGUCCAAAGGUAGGCUUACCAACUUUAGUGGCAGCAAGACUUCAACGAUGGGUAGUUAUAUUGGCAGCUUAUAACUAUUCCUUGGAGUACAGACCAACCACCAAAAUGGGUAAUGCCGAUGCACUUUCAAGACUGCCAGUAGGUAAGGCUCCAGCACAGCCAGAGGACAGUAUUCUCAUGAUUCAAAGUUUCAAUUUGCCUAUAACAGCUAAAGAUAUUGCAUCCAGCACCCAAAAAGGUCCUGUUCUCUUAAAGGUUUUUCAAGGACUGAUCACAGGUAGAAGGUCUAUAGUGCAUAAUGAUGAGUGUAAACCAUAUCUAGAUGUUUGGUCAGAGCUCAGCGUGGAACAAAAUUGUAUACUCAGAGGAGCCAGAGUUGUAGUUUACAGGGCACUGAGGAAACAUGUUCUGAAGGAGAUUCAUGCAGAUCAUCAAGGUAUUGUCAGGUCUAAAGCUUUAGCCAGAACUUUUGUAUGGUGGCCAUGCAUGGAUAAGGAAGUUGAGGCGUAUAUCAGAAAAUGUUCAGAAUGUGUCAUUCAUCAAAACAAUCCUCAAGCAGUACGUUCUCAUCCAUGGGAGUGUCCAAGAUAUCCUUGGCAGCGACUACAUAUUGAUUUUGCUGGACCUUUUCUAGGACAUUCAUAUUUGAUUGCAAUAGAUGUAUAAAGUAAAUGGCCAGAAUUAGUAGUCAUGCAAACAACCACAUCCUUAGCAACCAUCAAGGUUCUCAUGCAAAUUUUUGCUACACAUGGUCUACCCGAACGUAUUGUGUCGGAUAAUGGUCCACAGUUUACUUCUCAGGAGUUUAAAGAUUUUGUAGAUGUAAAUGGCAUACAUCACACCUUCUCAGCACCUUAUCACCCAUCUACGAAUGGAGAAGCUGAAAGAUUUGUGCAGACAUUCAAGCACAACAUGAAGUGUAGACAAGCUACUUCAGCUACCGUAUCCAUUUGUAUAACCAAAUUCCUUUUAGCUUACAGAACCACACCUCAUGCUACAACAGGUAUGACACCUUCCAGUCAUCUGAUGGGAAGGAGAAUUAGGAACAGGUUAGAUCUGCUGACACCAAACUUUCAAGGAGAACAAGAAUAAAGAGGUUGGAAGCAGUUACAAAAAUAGGGAACUGUUAGAGAUUUUCCAUGUCCCUCUCCUAUCCUUGUUCGUUCCUACAACACACCAGAAAAAUGGGUACCUGGUGAAAUUGUAUGUAAGUUGGGAAAUAUGCACUAUGAGGUAAAGGCAAAUGGAAAUUUAAUGAAAAGGCAUGUAGAUCAGUUAUGUCCAUCAUGUUUAGAGAAAGACACUGAUGUAACAGCUGAGCACACCCAUGAUGUAUUUUUUUCCAGCAACCCGAGGUGAAGUUUCCACACCUUUGGACACAAGUUCAGCUCCAGGCAGACUGAACCCCUCAGUCCAGUUGCACCCCCUGUGCAAACCUCACCUCUAGUUGCAAAAAGGGCUCUUCCUCCUAGAGUUACGAGAGGAGUACCUCCUACUCGCUUAGAUUUAUAAGCAAGGCCUUUGUAGAUUUAAGGGUAUAAUGUCAUGUAAUAUUACAAUGUUUUGCAAUGUACAGUGUAUGGCUGUGAAGCACAUUCCAUGAAGGUAAUGGAAGAGUCAUGUAUUAGAGUUAUCUUUCUGUAACGGGGAAGGAAGUAUUAUAUACACAAUGUUAAUAUGUAGUUUAUGUUAAUAGGAGCACAUCGCAUAGCAAUACUAUUGUAAACAGAAUCGAAUUUCAUAUGCUGUCCUCAAGUCGACGACAGCGGUCCUCUUUUUUAUAAACACUAUGUUCAAGUACUUAUAUGCCCACUGUACUCCCGCCUCUUCUUCGCCGGCCAGGGCGCCAAACACGACGUAGUGCAUUCCCACUGGUUUUAUUUCGCCCUCCUCACGGGAACUGGCGACAAGAUGGGAUGUUUGGGAGCGUCAGCCUAACACAGGCAUCAUACCAUCAUGUCAUGCAUUCCGGGUGAGUAGCAGUGCCUCCUUGACCACUACAAACACAACACUGGCUACGAGAUGGGAUGUUUGGGAGCGUCAGCCUAACACAGGCAUCAUACCAUCAUGUCAUGCAUUCCAGGUGAGUAGCAGUGCCUCCACUUGACCACUACAAACACAACAGGCUAAUCUCUAUGCUUUUCUUAAGUUACAAUUUGGAUUUCAGUACCUAAUAACACAUAGAAUAAAUCAAGAUAGCCUUGAACAUUUCUAUGGAUAUAUGAGACAAAUGGGAGCUUCCUACCAACAUCCAAAUGCAGUACAAGUCAGAUACAGGAUCAGAUCAUUUCUCCUUGGGAAACGCUGUGAACUGGUGGGGAGUAACUACAACACUGAUAAGAAAAAUAAAGAUGUCACAUUGACAGAAAUGUCAUUUUCAGAAAAAGUUGCUGACAGCUGUGACAGUAAGGUAAACACAGUAGAAUCUGAGCUCAUGCUGUCAGCUAUGUUAUUCGCUUGUGAUGAAAAUUUUGAUAUUGAAAUGGAUAAAGACCUUAAAACAAGCACUGUCGAAGAAGUUUUUGAACUGCGCAUGGAGUCAGAGGCAUUAAGAUAUGUAGGUGGUUUUAUUGCACGUAAGUUCCCACAGUGUGAUUUUCUUGGGAAUCAUGUAAAUAAGUCAAAGGACACACACAGGAGAAAUCUCCAGAAAAGAUGGAAAACUCUUUGUACCAUCUGAUGAGUUUUAUUCCAAGCUGAGGAAAAUGGAGAAACUGUUUGUAGUGGAUCAUGGAGACCUAUACCAGAGAAAAACUGUAUGAGUAGGCUAAGUAGCUACAUUUAUAAGGAAACAUGUAGAAUUGCCUAAAGUUGUUGUGGCAUACUUUGUAAAAUGUAGUGUGUUUUUUAGAUUAAGGAUUUUGAAUAGAAAUCUGGAUAACACCUCAAAGAAGGUGAAUGAGAAAAUAAAAAAAAGUCAUGAAAUAAAGUCUACAAACAUAAAACAUAUUUCAUUAUAAUCCUUAUUACAAAUAAUA